AUGUCGAGAGCACACAGCCUGGAAUCGAGGGGGAUGACAGCUGAAGGGAAAUUCGCUCAGAUUAACCAUUUCCCAUUCACUCCUAAAUUUACCAAUACGCUUACAAAAAGCAGUCCAUGUUUUGGUGCCUUGAGUCACCACUCAUUCUUCUCCCGGCACAACCCUCAUCCACACAGGAUGAGGCAUAUUCAAGGAUUCACAGGCAGACCAAUUUGCAUGGUAAGAGAUGAUUGGUGUGUCACGUCAUCGUUAUUUCCUCAUCCACUUCUCAAGAGCCACAUAAACAGGAAAGCAGCAGAGCCAGCUUUUCAGCUUGCUCAAAAUCUUUAUGGAGUCUGCGGAGACAAAACUAAAUCAGAAGAUUUCAUACUGGAAAAAUGUAUCCAUGUACUGCAGGAACAACCAGAGGAAAAGUUUGUCCGACGAAAGACUCAAUAUUCAGCUCAGACUGGCAGACUUAUUCCUCCAUCCUCCAAGUCCUACCUGCGCAAAUCUCAAUACCAGCGCAUGAGCCAUCCUCAACCCUUCCAUGAUCAAGAACUUAUGGUUUUGGAGAUACUUUGUCAGAUCCUGCAGACAGACUCUCUCUCCACAGUGCAGCAGUGGCUUCUUCUUUCAGGCCAAAGAGAAAAAGAUCUGGUGAUGGGGAUGAUCAGACAAGCUCUGGACGGUGUCGACCUCUCUGUCCGUAACUUCCAGCAGCUACAGGCGUUUCAUCCAGGAGCGUCUCUGUCUGUGUAUGCGGCAUCAUUUGAGCAGCCAUGGGGAAAACCACACAGGAGGAGUUCACACCAAGUCAAUCAAACUGCCAUUGAUGAAAAACCAGAGCGGAUUGGUGAUGCAGAAGUCCUGGCAGUCCAUUCAGAGGCCGAAAGUGUUCAGGUUCCUUCACUUCAGGAGGGGGAUAAUGCAUAG